AUGUUCUACAAAAUUUUCGCCUUGAGCGCUGUGCUAUCAGCGGUUACUGCUGGCCUCCUGCCCCAAGCCCACUACUCUUCAGCAACUGCCGUAUCCUCGCAGAGCAUUGUGCGUCAUGAUCAGCAGCACGGUGUAGGUUCAUCUCCCAUUGCCUACCAUGCAUCUCCCGUAGCUCACUAUGCUGCUCCCGCACACAGAAUCGUAUCGGCCCAUGAAGAGGAAUACGCUCAUCCCAAAUACGACUUUUCAUACUCAGUAGCUGACGGACACACUGGUGACAACAAGUCUCAACACGAGAGCCGCGACGGUGAUGCCGUGCACGGCGAGUACUCUCUGGUCGAAGCUGAUGGCUCUGUGCGCACGGUUCAAUACACCGCUGAUGAACACAACGGCUUCAACGCCGUGGUCAGCAACUCCGCACCAUCCCACCACGCUGCGCCCGCUCAUGGACAUAUUUUAGCCCAUCACUAA